AUGCUGGUGUGCGGUGCUGCUGCUGGUCUGGUGGUGCGGACCGUGGAGCGGCCGGAGCGGUCUGGCCCGGAGUGUGUCAGUCGGUUGGUGAGUCCUGUCGGCGACGUCGGCGUUGCUCGGUAGACCUUGCGGGUGUAUGACACUGCGGCGGCGGCGGCUAGCCGAUAGCGAGCCGAUAGCGCAAGCCGUGAAUCAGAUCGGUAGCCGACGAGAAGCAGAGGGUGCGGUGUCGUCAGUGGGUCUUGCUGCUCCAUCUCAUCGUCAUUGGUGGCGAGUCUGUUGAUUGAACACUACUGGUCCAUGUGCUCUGCUGACUAAAAUGCUCAUCAAGGAAUUCCGUGUCACUCUGCCCCUCACAGUGGAAGAGUAUCAAGUAGCUCAACUGUAUUCUGUAGCAGAGGCUAGUAAAAAUAAUACAGGCGGUGGAGAAGGCAUUGAAGUAUUAAAGAAUGAGCCGUUUACGGAUUAUCCGUUACUUGGUGGAAAGUACUCAUCAGGCCAAUAUACAUAUAAGAUUUAUCAUUUAGCUAGUAAAGUGCCUGCUUUUAUUCGCAUUUUACUGCCAAAGAACUCGCUAGAAAUCCAUGAAGAGGCUUGGAACGCUUAUCCCUAUUGUAAGACAGUCAUAACUAAUCCAGGGUAUAUGAAGGAUAAUUUCGUGAUUAUGAUAGAGUCCUUUCAUAUUGGCGACGUCGGCAAUCAGCAUAAUGUUCACGAAUUGCCGCCCGAUAAGCUUAAGAUCAGAGAGAUAGUGCAUAUAGAUAUUGCCAACGAUUCGAUUGCAAGUGCCGAUUACAAGGUGGACGAGGAUCCAUCUAAAUUCAAGUCCCAAAAGACAGGACGGGGCCCUCUCGUUGGGAAGGAUUGGAAGCAUAAUGUUCAACCUGUGAUGACGUGCUACAAGCUAGUCACUUGUGAAUUCAAAUGGUUCGGUCUGCAGACCCGCAUCGAAGGAUUCAUUCAAAAGGCGGAACGGCGCCUGUUUACCAAUUUCCAUAGGCAAGUGUUCUGCUGGAUAGAUGGUUGGUAUGGUUUAACCAUGGAGGAUAUUAGAGCAAUCGAAGACAAUACGAAAGAAGAAUUAGACAGGCAAAGACAUCAAGGUGAAGUACGGGGUAUGCGAGCUGAUGAUUGAGGCUUCGAUAGCUUCUAUUAUGAACGGUUAAAU